UGCCCGGAUGCGGGUGACGCGCGGCCGCCAUCUUCCCGUCCCGGGCAGCCAGCGCCAGUCCGAGCCAGCGCGAGCCGCUGCCGCUGCUGCUGCUGCUGCUGCUGCUGCCAUCACUGCCGCUGCCAAGUCCUCCGCCCGCUGCCCCCGCCAUGUCGGCUACUGCUGCCACCGCCCCCCCUGCGGCUCCAGCUGGGGAGGGUGGACCCCCUGCGCCCCCUCCAAACCUCACCAGUAACAGGAGACUGCAGCAGACCCAGGCCCAGGUGGAUGAGGUGGUGGACAUUAUGAGGGUGAAUGUGGACAAGGUCCUGGAGCGGGACCAGAAGCUAUCGGAACUGGAUGACCGUGCAGAUGCACUCCAGGCAGGGGCCUCCCAGUUUGAAACAAGUGCAGCCAAGCUCAAGCGCAAAUACUGGUGGAAAAACCUCAAGAUGAUGAUAAUCUUGGGAGUGAUUUGCGCCAUCAUCCUCAUCAUCAUCAUCGUUUACUUCAGCACUUAAAUCCCUGAGGAGUCUGCCCUGCCUAGAGAAGGGCCUCUCCCCCACCCCCAGCCGUUCCUUCACCUCUCAGCCAUAUCUUUCAGCACCCUUCCCCUGGAUCCGUGUGUGUGUGUCCGUGUGUGUGCCCCCUUGUAAAUAGCCAGCUGUUAUUUAUACAUAUAUAAUAUUAUAUAUAUUUGGUCUGUUUGUAGUUUUAUUACUAGAAGAUUUUUCCGGUUGUCCUUAAUACCCCUUCCUGAGGUUCCCAUCUCCGCUCUCUUCCUCUUCCCUUUCUUCCUGAACAGUCCCAAGUCCCUACAUUUGCAUCUGCUAUGCAAUAGUCCCUCUCUCCUUCUCCUUCCCUUGGAUUUAACUGACCCUCUCCCCUCACCAGUCCCCCAUGCAACACCCCAAAAGAUAAAAAAGUACCUGUCCAAUCCUCCCUAGGUGCAUCUUUGCACCCUUUGGGAGGUUCUGAGACUGGCCCUACUUGGUCCUAAGAAUCCCAAGGUCUUCUGGGAGCUUCCAGCAUGUUACUUAGCAUAUCAUUUGCAUACUGACAUCUCUUUAGGUUUCCUUCCAUUUUUCUUCUCUCAACCUGUGUUUCUUUUUUACUGAGGAGUUAGUCCCCAUUGGUCCUUGUAUCACACUUUCAUUUGCACGACAUUACAUGCAGGUGGUGGGGAGUCUGGGCUUUUGGGGAACCAGGCGGCCCUGGUCCCCAGUAUUGCCCCCUCCUAGCCCCCUCUAGUCCAGUUUGCCUUCCCUAUCCUAAUUUUCCAAUCCUCUUGUACCCUCCUCUCCCUCCCCCCAGCUGGUGUGUAAGUGUCUUGGAGUUCAGUGUGUUAUGAUGGACCAAUAACUCUGCCACUUGGGGUCUCUCCCUACAUUCCUGCUCCCCAAUUUUCACGUGGGGCACGCAACUGACAUUCCCAGGGGUCUCCCUCCUUCCCAUCUGCCUGAUCUGCCUCCUCCUCCCACCAGGAGAGUUGGGGGUUGGCAACAAUCUGAUCUCUUUUGGGAGGAGUGGCUACCAGUGUGUGUGGGGGGGUCAUCACUGCCUUGGGGAGGAGUGGGACAGGGCAGAGAAUCCCCCCAAAUCCUGCCUGAAAUCUCUGGCCUCAUCCCUGCUGGAGGUUGGACUGAAACCUUCCUCCCCUGUUUGGGGGGUGUUGCCCCCAUCACUGCCCAGCUCCUCUGACUGCCCCCCUGUAUUCAGGGUGGGGGUAUUAGUCACUGCCAAUGUAUGUAUGGGACUUGCUGGAUGAUGGGGAAUCCUUGCCCUUUUCUGGUGCUGUUGAGCCCCAGAGAGAGCUAUCCCCUCAUUGGGUGAAGUGAUAGAGGAUGGGUCUAAUGUCUUUUUAAAUGGCACAAUUUUAGGGGUCUGAGGGUGCAGUCCCUUAGCCUGCCACUGGAGGGGGCCCCCAAACUCCCCAUGCCCCCACCACCACUCCAGGUUUUCUGUGUGGAGGGGGAGCAGGGAGAUCUAAAUUGUGGUGUGAAAGGGUAGGAGAGAUGCUGGGGGUGGGGGUGCUGUGUUCUAGACCCCCCAUAUUAUCCCAGUGUCCCCUGCCUUCCCUCUUCCCCCAUCCCGUGCCCCCAAUUCUGUGGCGCAUCCAGAUUGUGAAAAUGUACAAUAAAUGUGUAAUGAGUAACCA